AUGUUUUUUUUUUUUAACAAGUAAAAUUUUGGUAAAUAAUUUACAAGAGCCUUUGAUUUCAUGUUAUCAGUUACAAAAAAAGUAGGCAAGUGGUUUAUGUUGUCUCUUAAUGUAAAUUCUUUACUUGCAUUUCUUUCAUGAGCAGUUCUGACAUGUAAAACUACAUAUGCUUUCUGCUACUCAUUUUAUUUAAUUAUUAUUUUGUGUAUAACAAUCAGCAUUUUCUUCUUGAGCCUGUCCUUUAACUAAGAUGGCUUCUGCCUCACAAACACAGCUAUGUAGGGCUUAUUUUUUGCUUAGAUGUGAGAGGAUGUGCACAGACUUAAUAUGAAAUACUACAGUGACCUCUGCUGGACAACACUGAUACUAACAGCCAGGAAAAGGAAACGCAAUCAGCUAUUUGAUGAAGUUCACCUGCUCAGGGAGAAAAGGAAAAUAGCAGUUGAACUGAAGCUGAGAGGGUCAACUUGGCUUCAUUUUUUCACACAUUCAAGCAGUUUAGCAGAAAAAGUUUGGAUAGUAAAAAUGCCACGAAAGAACAGCUUGAACUUUAAAAGUGGCCUGCUCGUAUUUCUAUUAAAGUUUGCAAUAUUUUGGAAAUACUGUGAUGCGCAGGUCAACAGAGAGGAAUCCACCACGCCUCCAUAUGAACAUGGAGGUGACGGCAGCGCUUUCUUCGCCCUGCGGAGCUGCCACCAGCUGCUGCACGGCGACAGCGGCGAGUUCUUCUCCCCGGACUACCUGUGCUCCAACCCUUCUCUGUGGUGUAACUGGACCAUCCAGGUGGAUGCUGGCAAGAGGAUUAAUCUCCACCUUGAGGACUUGACCCCCGAUGAUUCCUGCCACCUCAAAAAGGACCAGAUCCACGUGGACGAGCCCACCGGUCAUUUAGUGGGCCACAAGGUCCUGCAGAAGUGCUGGCGAGAGGCCAAGUACACAUCGUCUUCCAACACUCUGUAUGUGGUGCUUCUGAUUGGUGGCUGGCCCAGCCCACCGUACCGGGGCUUCUACGGCCGCUACCAGGCCUUUGGACCGCCGGUGGUUUACAACCCACAGGAAGGCUUUACAGUGAGAAGCAGUGAGUCGGAACCAUCUACUGCCCACAUGGACACCGGUGAAUUUGAAACGGUUAUGAACAGUGAAGUGACAGAGUCAGCAAAUUCUGAUUUGGCAUAUGAUUAUUCUGAUCAACAUAAUGAGGAGUCGGAACAGGCUGCAGACAAUGAGGUGGGUGAAAACCUUCAUCUGCCCUCUGAGAACUACAGUCAUGUCUACCAGUUCCCAGCUGAGUCCACAGCGCCCCCCUACAGGACUGUCCGAUCAGGAAGAGGUGUUCCUCACCAGGGAAGCAGAUCUGGCACAGCGGUUCAUCCUGCGCCUCCACAGCUGUCAGAUAACAGCCAACAUCAUGAGCUGAGAACCAGCACCCCAACGGCAAUACGAAGGAACGUGGAAGCUGCAGAGGAGAGCAGAACACAUAGACGGCUGGAAGAGAAGUCUGCAGAUGGUUCAGAACAAGCUAAAGAAGAAGGUGAGAAGAGGAUGGAUGUCAUGCAGGCGUCCGAGCAGCUUCCCUCCCCCUCUGAGGGAUCAGAGCCACAGCACACGGAACAGAGUCAUCCUCAGCCCAACAUGGUGGAGCCGCUGUCGGACCACAGAGGGAUCCCGAACAUGAGAAAUCACUCUGACAGCCCACAUCUUCCCGGUGAUCACCUGUUUGAAAUAGCUGUUGAGUUGAAUUUCAGUCAGGAUCUGGAGGAGUCCUGGGACAACGAGGCCAGGUCUCUGUUGCUGUCAGUAAAGAACAUGAUCAGCAAGCAGCUGGAGAUUCUGCACACACCACUGUCCAUCUCCUCUAAAAGAAUAAAAAGAUUGAAUGCAGGAGUGCUGUACAUCCUCUGGCUGCAGAUUGGACAGGAGCCUGGAGGUCUGCAGGUCCAUAGGGUCAUCCACUCGGCCCUACAGAACCUCAUCGCUGCAGGCGUCGGUCUCAGAGGAAACCACAGGAAGGCCGUCAUCCUGUCUGUGUCGACGGCAGAUGUCAAUGAGUGUGGGACCCAGCUGGUUCUGUGUGACAUUAAUGCAGACUGUGUGAAUCGGUUCGGCUCGUAUUCAUGCCACUGCCGGCCGGGCUUUCAGGACGAGUCCCGCCUGGGAUCCGGAGGAACCAACUGUGUGGAUGUGAAGGCUGCAGGUUGCAGCUCAGGACUGUCCUCUGAGGCUAAAGGCGUCUACGUGCUGUUCUUCCUGCUCAGCUCCCUCAUCCUGAUGCUGCUGGUGGCGGCCGGCAUGAUUUACCGCCGUCACCACCAGGGAACGUUCCUGGUUCGCUGCCACAGCAGCAGCAGCAUCUCUUCCCCUGACCACAACAACAACAACCACCACCAUCCAGAUGACGGCUACUCCAGCCCUACGGACUGUGACCUGCCCCCACCACCUCCACCUGUCCGUGGCCCCAGAGAGGCCUGGGGCCAGGUGAAGGGCCACGGUCCAGCUGUGGACCUGCCGCUGCUGCGCUUCAGUCCACUGCUGCCGCCAGACAGCUACAUAGAUCCACAGGAGGGUGGAAAGAUGUGAACUGACAGUAAUAAAGUAUCUACAUUCAUAAAAAUUUCUUCUAAUUUUGUGUCUAAAUGAUGAAUACUUUUGUCCACUGUUUGUAACCUGCUCAAUUAAAGUCACAAUUAAAGCAUUUCCUUGUUUUGUCA